AUUUUUGCCUGCACGUCUUGUUUUCAUGAAAUGACGGGACGCAAGAGCACCUAGCUCUGCCCGCUGCACGGCUCUGUCACUACAAGUCAUUUACCAUGCAGCAGUGUGUGACGUUUUCUAAAAACGAAGAUGAAUGAAUCACCCAAAUAAUGUGCAUCAUUUAUAAAAACAAACAUUACUGCAGAUUAACUGUGAAGCAAAUAUGAGAGGAGAGCCCCCCUAUCAAGACAUCAUGGACGCAUGUGCACGUAUUAAAGGGGUCCCGCUAAAGAGCCGUGCCACCAUUAGGAAAGAGAUAAUCCGUGAGGGCACGAACCCUUGCUCAAAGAGCCUGUUGAAGUACAAAAAGGAGCUGUGCAAUGUAUCAGUGGAUCUACAUACUAAGGAAACACAGUGUCUUUCAGAAGUACAUUAUGUGUGUUUACCUAGUCUUGCUGAUGGGGAGAAUUUAACUCUACAGGCUCUGACAUCUCUUUCCACUGAGAUGAUGGAGUUACUUAGAUCACUACAUGUACAUACCCUUAAAGAUGAAGAGAUUCUUCUCCUUAAAGACCCCAAAAGGCCUUUUGAGAAAAAAGAUAACAUUUCUCAGGCCAGCUUGUCAAGAGCCUUGUGUAUAUUGAGGCAUAGCUCCACUUCUCAGAUUAGUGUUUCCACCAUGCUGGGGUUGUUGGCUCGAUACACAGCUGGCAUAAGGUAUGCCAUGGAGUUACAGGUUCUACAGAGGGGCACAUCGGAAGCAUGUCAGGCUGAAGACGAUGAUACCAAUCAGUCUGUUUCUUCUAUUGAAGAGGACUUUGUUACUGCUUUUGAGCAUCUUGAAGAUGAAGAUACAGGUGCUCAUAGUCAGCGGAACCUAAGAGAUGUGGCUUCCCAAACGCUCCCAUCCCACUUAAAAGAAAUGUCAGGAUCUCGCAUCAUGAUAAGUUCAAUACACAAAAAGUCAUUGUGCAUGGAAAAAGACACUGCAAAUGUUUCAGAAUCUGCAACGGCAUGGCCUGAAGUUUCAGAGGCUGUGUACACACCUAGUGGUCCACCAAAGGGACGUGCUACCUCCACAUCCCUCACAGAAUCAGAUGAGUCAGACUGCUCAAGUCCAAGCCCUAUUAUAUUUCUGGAUGAAGUUGGAUAUCAGAAAAGUCUUAAAGCAAAACUUGACAUUCCCAAGAUCCCCAUUUUUAAGGAGGGAGUGGAAGAUUCUGACUCAGAAGUCAGUGAAUUUUUUGACAGCUUUGAUCAGUUCGAUGAACAAGACCAGUCUUUUGAUUCAAACAUUACGGUCUUGAAAGAGCAGCCCCUCCCAGGGAAAGGGGAAAAGAAGCAUAGUGAUAACUCUGGAUGUAAAUUUGUGUCAAGGGGGUGUUCAACCAGAGCAAUGAACCCUCACAAGUUUGAUCACAGGACUCUACCUGCCAAUGUCAAGAAACCAACUCCACUUAAACCAGGGUCACCAUAUAGUAUUCAAUCUGACACACCAGAUUCCCCACGGCCAGCCAUGACUCCCUGUGAUGAAAGCGGGCCACUCUUCAGUCCGGUUCGCUCAUCCGCGUUCAGCCCUCUUGGAGAAGGAGGGUCUUUGGAGUAUUUUUGGAAAGCAGAUGGUGAUAGCUCAGAAUUACAUAAACCACAAGACCUUUGCUCGCUGUACAAAACUUACUCUGACUUUGCCAACAACCUGUCAAAAGAAAUCCUUGGAUCUGUUUGUGGGUACUCCUCCCCUGUUGAUUUUAACAUCAAUAAGAACUUGAGCUGUGUCUGCCAUAAGGAGUUCGAAAACACUAGCGGACAUCUGAUGAAGCUGUCAGACAUUCAGGAGACAGUCAGCAUCACCAAAUCGCAAUCACAGUCUCUUAAAGAUGGGAUUCAGAAGUUUGCUACAGACUUGGUGGAAAUGAGCAUUGGAAGUGCCUUAAGGGACUUGCAGAAAGGAGUGUCCUCUUGUACCACUACACUUUGCCAUUUGGCAGCGAGGCUAACUUCCUCAGUUUUUCAAAUGGCCUUUCAUGAGAUAGGAAUGCGUCGUGCAUAUGUGUUAAAAGAGCGUGCCAUAAAUGGAUUGGCCAGUUUCCUGGUAGGGGAAGCCGUUUCUGGAGCCCUCAAAGAGUUUCUGUUUGUGAAAAAACAGAUUUUCAACAACACCGUGGCACGAUUUGCAGCAGAUCUCGCAGAGGAGUUAGUGUUUGAAGGAAUUAUGGAGGUUUGCCAAUUUUCACAUCCCUCCACACCUCUCACACCAAGUGACUGGUCUUUUGAACAAGAUGAGGAAGUGGUUUCUUCUUAUGCCUCUGACCUGUCAGAGUCAGUUCUUCAAGAGGCUUUUAUAGAGCUGUCACAAGCUGAUGUGACUUUUACCACGCAGGCAGCUAUCAGUGUAUCAGUAGAUAACAUAUGCUAUGUGAGUGCUGAGGAUACAUCUCUAGUCACACAAACCUGCAGUGCCAAAACUGGCUAUCUUGGAUCACAGGCUUUUGCAGAUGCUGGAAACCAAGAACAUGAUGGUUGCACAGUUAAGAAAGCCUUGUAUUGUGUGUCAGGUAUGGCCAGCUGUGUUCCAGUACCUGUAGCUGGCAAAGUCAUAUCCCAUGUACACACCUCAGAAGAGCUUUCUCAGUGUAAAUCCAGUAUUGGCCACAUAUGUCAGACAAGCCCCAAAAUAACAAUUUGUUGCCAAGCAGAAACCCCAACCUUUACCUUAGAUGCCUCAGCAGCAAUCCAGACUGAAUCGUUGCCAAAUCCUCCAAGUAAUCAGGACACUAAUAGUGAUGAAAUUACUGGAAAUCCAUCUAUUGACAGCAAUUCUGGUAAACCCUCCACUGGCAAAACUUUUCAAAACUUCUCUGGCAGUAUGGUAGAUGCUAUCGUAGGUGAGGCAUUUGAUCUUAUGCAUUCUUCAACAAAAGUAAAGAAAAAAGUAGAGGAUUGUGCAGACUUUUUAAGCAAAACUAUAGCGGCCCACAUAUCCACUCCAAGCCAUGGAAUUGUUAAAUCGCAUGAUGCUUCGUCUCAGAGCUCACAGCCUCAGAGAGGUCCCUCUCAAAUUCCCUUUCAAUUGGGAUCGAAGAGCUGUUGUGACACAACCUGUAGAAGCAUGCGUCCAGUCACUAAACCAGCCUCCGAGGUUAGAAAGGACACAUUAGAAGUGCCCAGUACCUCCUGUGGUAGUAGAAAAGUAAUUGCAGAGGAAAUUUUUAACAGCAACUCUGGGACAAAAUCAACUGAAACCCCAAGCACUCCACCCUCAAGUCCCCAGCAGCCGUUGGAUGAGUACAACGAGAAACGGAUCAAACAGUUCUCUAAGAAACUCAAAGGUAAGCUUGCAAAAGAAUUUUCUCCUGCCACUCCUCCACCCACUCCUUAUUACCCUUCUGCCACAGACUCUAAAGAAACAGGCUCAGUUUCAGAUAAGACAGAUUUCAUGCUAAAGCUCAUUCGGUCUCUCUCAGAAGAAGCUGGUAGCAACGAUGAUGAGGAGGAACUGCAGGAUGAUGUCCCUCACUCUAGAAACUGCCAAGCAGAACUGAGCCCUAUCGUCAAGAACAAACUGAGUGAUCAGGGUGCGCUUCAUUAUGCGGAGCGUCUAGCAUGCCACAUUGUUUCCAUGGCAACUGAGAUGGACAUGCUAAGCUUUGGAGAUGUUUUGAAGCCUGUAGGUGAUGAGAGCAAAAGCAGUGUUGCUUUGCACAGUGCACAGUUCUCAGAGCAGACUUUAAAUUCAUUGUGGACGUAUGCUGGGGAAGUGGCUGGAGAAGUCAUCAGUGAUGUAAAGAGGAUGAUGACUUCAACCCAUUGUCGUCACAAAACAAUGAAAAGAGGAUCUGUGAACUAUGCAGACAAGCAUCAGAGUGGAGAUUACGAGGACGGCCUGUUCGGGGGUUUGGCCUAUCAGUGGUCUGGUGACGUCCAAGCAUCUUUUCAUAACUCUUCAAGUGGGAUGUCUUCAGAGUAUCCAAGCUGUGAAAGUGUCACUGAUGAAUAUGCAGGAUACCUCAUUAAGGUGCUCAAGAAAGAGGGAGGAACCAGGGAGCUCAUACUUGAUCAGUAUGCCACUCGAUUGGCCUAUCGAUCUAUUAAAUCAGGCCUGGCUCAUGCUGCACAAAAAAUAAAGCAGAGAUCCCCUUUGAGGCUUCACUCCUCUAGGCGUUUACACAACGACCGCAGCCAUGAUACUUCUCAGUUCACCCUUUCCAAAUCAUCCCAUUCUGUUCUUUCUCACGGAACAGAUGGAUCCUCUUGUGAAUCUCUACCAUGUGCUUAUCAAGAUGGCCAAGACGUGAGUAGUAGUGAAUAUGUAGAACUUGUAAGCUUUGCGGAGUCAUUGGCCUACAACAUCACAUGUGAUGUGACAAGAAAGCUACGAAUGUCGUCCGUUAGACUUCCAAAAUCUCUCACCGAUUCUUGCCUCUACAGGAAAUCAAAUGUAGAGGACGUGCCAGAAAAUCAAAUCAAAAGUUCAUUUUCAUGCUCGCUUUUACCUUUCGCAGAGACUAACAGACUCUAUCAUAGCACUGGCAGCUUGAAUGAAGGCAAAUGCAACAAUGGUGUCAUGCAAGUGAUUGAACAUUAUGCCAGGAAGAUUGUCGAUGACACUUUGGAAAUGACACUCGGGCCAGCAUGUUUUCCAGCAGCAAGGGACAGAAGAGGCUUAGAACCCAAUUCUUUCACAGAAAAGCUUGCCGAGGCAUACGAAGCCUGCCGAUAUUGCCAUGGUCGAGAUUGCCUGUUUUGCAGUAGGGAUGGUCGUCGCAGUUUCCAGGGACUGAAAAGAAGACCCCAACAAGAUUCAGAUGCAGUCACCGGACGUGAAAUUCCUAGAAUUCACAUCGAUUUGGAUAAAAGAGCUGCAUUUGCUGAAGGAAUGGUGUCUGGUGCGAUCGAGAAAGCCAGAAAGGAACUCAGCUGUACUAGCUUGAAUGCAGACAGUGGGAUUGGUCAUGAUGGCGCAAGCUUUGCGGAAAGUCUCACCACAGAGAUUAUGACAUCCGCCUUAUCCAACGUCUGUCAAACCAUUAAUCUUGGAUCUCCUAGAGGAGAUGGUGCCAAUGUGACGGAGUCAACAGUGAGUCAGCAGCUCAGUUUGAGCGUCGGUGAUGACAGUCUUGGUAGUUGGUCCAAUUUGAGCUUUGAAGAAGACCAUCCAGAUGAGAGCAGCAGCUUUCACCAUCUAAGUGACAGCAGUAAUGGAAACAGCAGUAGCUGGAGCAGUCUGGGUUUAGAAGGCGAGGUUUAUGAAGAACAUUUGUCCUUCUCUCCAUCAGACAGUGACUACACUGAUGACAAGGAGGCAGAAGCCAAGGAGGCUUCAGGUGGAUCUGUUCGAGCCGAGAGGGAACAUGGGCAAGCUGAUAGAGCACUGAUGGUGGUGAAUACAGACGUAUGUGUCCGGGGUCUGGAUGUCCAGCUGACAGCAGUGCUUCAGUGGAUCGCCGUCUCUAUUGCUGAUCUGCCUUUAAUGCAACUCAGCCAACAAUCAGCUCCAGAGCUCCAGCAGCUGCCAGCUGUGGCACAACGACUGAGGGAGAGAGAGUUUAGGGUCGGGGAUCUUCUGCAGGCACUGCUGAGGUACUUUGAAGAACGUCAUGUUGAAGAAGAUCGUGAAGCCGGAGCCCACAAGAGCCUCUUCCAGUGGCUUCUAGAGCAGGCGUAAAUCGCAGUCCCACGCAAGAUGAAGAUGAAGUUACCUGUCACUUUAAAGUGAUCUGCAACGUAUCUGCCAAACUUACAGGCAUAACCGGUUGAAUGUGUUUAUGUGUCGUGUAUUGCUUAUGCACCCGUGGACACCCAGGGGGCGCCAUAGAAACAACUGAAGUAAUGUAAGAGCCAUUCGUUCAAGCGUGUGUAUUGCAUGCCGUGGCGGAAAGUACUUUUGCUCGCUUUUUGACCUCUCUUUUUGUUGUCGUAUUGUUUUAUUAUUAGACUGCGCCAUCACUGAUACCUGCGUGUUGGGCUUUGCCCCGCCCCAAACAGUAGUAUUGUAACCAAAACAUGUUAGGGAAUCCCCAUCGCUGCAAGAAAGCUUAUGUCACCUUCGUACUUCUCCUUUAUGGGGAUGUUUCCACUUGUUUAAGGGACCAGCCAAGCAAUCCAGCAUAUUUCCAGGUCACUGGAAGGUAUUACACAUACGACAAUUACAGUCAAGGGUAAUUAUGACAAUUGUUUAAUUAUCAUAUUUAGCACAUUUUUGGCAAACAGCACAUGGAUACCAGUCAACACGGGUUAAAAAUAUUGUUCCUUUGAUUUAUCUGACAGUGAUUAGAGAGACACUUUAAAUAGUUACUGUGAAAAUAUAUCACAAUCAACAAAUACUUUUCAAUUCCAGUCAUAAAAAUAUGCUUUUUUAUAACUUAAAAUGUAAACACAUUGUUUAUGCUAAACACUAAAAAUAGUGCACAUGAUCCAGUGUUCAAUUCUAACAAUAACUUAUUUAGAUCACUAAAGAGUGACAAGACAUUGCCAAGUUUCAGAAUAACAUACAGUAAAUAUAUAUGAAAGCUGCUCGCCAAACUCAUAAUAGACAUUUAAAAGUAUUAAGGACUAUUUUAAAGGAGGCAUUAUGUUUUGUUACUGCCUUCUGCCAUUAUUCACACUUUUAAUGUUACUUUCAUACAAUACUAAAUGAGGAAACAUCUGCAGUGAGUAUAAUCCAUAAUACAAUUGUCGCCUGUCACGGAUAAUGUCCCUCUAAACCUAAAUAUUGCACAUUACUGAGGAACGGUUCGGUAGCACUUUACUUUAACUUGGUAAUGUUAUUGUAAUACAUAUGUAAUUCAUGGUAAUAUUAUUUUUAAACCACAUAUUACAACUGCAAUAUGCAGACAACUACGGUGCAGUUUCCAGACAAUAACAGUGUAAAUUGCAUUGAUUUAAAGGUAUAAUAAAAUGGUAAUAACUGUAGUGUACUUACUGAAUUCAUAAAUGUUCAGGAUUUACUUAUUGUAAAGUAAUAUUUCUGUAAUUACACCAGCCUGGUGGUGUUAUGAAGGAGUUAAAUAUUGUACAUGGUUACUUUUCUUUGACAUAUCAGUGAUCAAAGGGACUUACCAAGAUGAUAAAUAGUAAAAUUUGACAUGCUAUCAAGGUUGUAAAUAUAGCUGUGUUGAUAUAUACAUAAAGUCUCCUUAGUGAUGCUCAGUGUUCUUCUGCAUUGAAAUAAAUGAGGGAGUUUUAAGGAAUCAACAGAGUAUUAGGGCUGUAAAAUGCAAAAACACGCAUUUUCACUCAAUUACUUGGGUAUUACCAUCUGCUAUAUAAAAUAGGCUGUCAUAUUAAUUAAACAGACGAAUACCUGCUGCAGAACUUCUCUGCCAUCCCUUUGAUAUAUUCACAGCUUUUUAUGAAAUUAUCUAUGGCUGCAUUCUUUAUUAACAUAAUAACUUCACAAAUACGUUUGAGCACUUUUUAUUUUUGGUGCCAUUAUUCAGUUAAUGUAAAAACACAAACAGUAGUAUCAAAACUCAAAAGAAAUUGUAUUUUUUUAAAAACUAUCAUUUUAUAAGAGACCGGUAAUGACUCUCCAUUUUGUUUCAUUGCUUGAAUUUUUCUUGUAGCUGUGGCUUGCUGUCAAGGAAUGCUUUGCAUUGUCUUUUGAAAUAUUAGUUACAAUGUAGUUUAAUAAUGAAAUAUGUAAAGAUGUCAAAGGGAUGUCUUUGUUGUUGAGUCAGAAAAGUUGUUAAAAGUUCUGCAGCAGGUUUAUGUCUGUUGAAUUAAAAAUUACAGCAUAUGUAAGCCUAUUUCACAUAGCAAAUGGUAAUAGACAAGUAAUUGAGUGAAAAUAAGGUCAUUCUGCAUUUUACAACCCUGAUACAGUGUAGUUUUCUUAAAACUAUAUAAUUUAGUUCGAUCCAAUUACAGAGAAACAACACUGAGCAUCACUAGAUGGAGACUUUAUGGUUUAUCAACACAGCUGAAAUUAGGUAACGGGCAAUACUGUAUUUACAGCCUUAAUAGCAUGUUGUUUUCCGUGAAAUAACACGAAAUUUUGAGGUAGUAACAGAUACAAAUCUAAAUACUACCAUGACUUGGUUAGUCUCUUUGGUCACUGUGUUGCCAUAACAUUUAAAAGUAACCAUGUACUUAAGAACAUUUUAAUCAUUCAAAACACCAUCAGGCUGCUGUAAUUACAGAAAUAUUACUUUACAAUAAUUAAUAAUAAUAAUAAGUGCUGGGCAAAGAUUAAUUGCGAUUAAUCGCAUACAAAAUAAAAGUGAUUUUUUUGCAUAAUAUAUGAGUCUGUGAUGUGUGUAAUUAUUAUGUAUAUAUAAAUACACACACAUUCAUGUAUGUAUUUAAGAAACAUUUAAAUGUUUUUAUAUAUUUAUUUCUAUUUGUAUAUAUUCUAUAUAAA